AUGAGAACACAUGUACUAGCUGCAUCUUUUUCUAUGAUCUCCCUGCUUGUGAUAAUGGGAAAUACAGACAGCAAAAUGGAUGGUUCUUUCAUGGUGGAUUCAGACCCCAGACGCUGUAUGAGGCAUCACUAUGUUGAUUCUAUAAGUCAUCCAGUGUACAAAUGUAGCUCCAAGAUGGUGCUCCUGGCUAGGUGUGAGGGACACUGUAGCCAGGCAUCACGUUCUGAGCCUUUGGUCUCAUUCAGCACUGUCCUCAAGCAACCCUUCCACUCCUCUUGUCACUGCUGUCGACCUCAGACCUCCAAGCUGAAGGCAUUGAGACUGCGCUGCUCAGGAGGCAUGCGACUUACUGCCACUUACCGGUACAUCCUUUCCUGUUAUUGUGAGGAGUGCAGCUCCUGA